CAGCGCUCAGAUGCGAGCGUCGCAUCAGCUCUCCAAACAGAACAACAGCCGACGGACAGAGAGGCGGACGAUACGCGACGCAUGACAGAUUUUUGCUGCCAGGCUCCAUAUCAGACCAUGCUUGGUCUGCGGAUCGGCAACCUCAGUUAAUAAGGCUGCAAUGCAUGUGGGAGUUAAUGUUGUAUAGAGCAAAUACCAUUGCAGGACUGCGCGGAUAGAACCAGGGACCAUGAGCAUCUCGCCGCAGUGUGUGUGAAUUUUGCAUUUGGAUUUUUGUAUUCUAAAAAAUUGUCACACUUGAUAUUGGUUUGAUUCUCCAAUACCGACUAGCUAAAGUGUUCACCGAGGGCGCAUCUCUACGACCCUCCAGCAGCACUUAAGUGGAACGGCACUGCGGCUCUGCGGCUCUGCGUGCGCCGUCCACACGAUGCGUCUACUUCUGCUGGCCGUGUUCUUCUCCUGCUCUUGCGUGCGGGGCGGCUGCGAGCCCAAGAUUGUGAACAUUGGGGCCGUCCUGAGCCAGAAAAGAUACGAGCAGGUGUUCAAAGAUGCAGUCACCCAGGCGAACCAGGUGUACGGAAGGGAUAAGUUCAAGUUGACCGCCAUCUCUGUCACUCACAAAGCCAACGCGAUUCAGAUGGCGCUGUCGGUGUGUGAAGAUCUCAUAUCUAGUCAGGUGUACGCCAUCCUGGUGAGCCAUCCACCACAGUCUAAUGACCAACUAACGCCCACGCCGGUCUCCUACACUGCAGGUUUCUACCGAAUCCCUGUAGUAGGGCUCACCACCAGGAUGUCCAUUUAUUCAGACAAGAGCAUCCAUCUCUCUUUCCUUCGUACGGUGCCACCCUAUUCCCACCAGGCACAUGUGUGGUUUGAUAUGAUGCGAGAGUUCCGUUGGAAUCACAUCAUUUUAAUCGUCAGUGACGACCAUGAAGGCAGAGCUGCGCAGAAAAGACUUGAAACCUUGCUGGAGGAGAAAGAGACCAAGAAUAAAAAAAGGAACUAUGAAAACCAAGACCAACUGUCCUAUGACAACAAGAGAGGACCUAAGGCCGAGAAAGUGCUUCAGUUCAACCAAGAGACUAACUUAACUGCCCUGCUCCUGGAGGCCAAAGAGCUGGAAGCACGAGUGAUCAUUCUUUCCGCCAGCGAGGAAGAGGCAGCCGCCGUGUACAAAACAGCACGCUUCCUUAACAUGACAGGCUCGGGUUAUGUGUGGCUGGUGGGAGAGCGUGAGAUGUCCGGUAAAGCUUUGAGCGAGGCCCCAGACGGGCUGAUUGGCCUCCAGCUCAUCAAUGGCAAGAAUGAGUCUGCACACAUCAGCGACGCUGUUGCCGUUGUAGCCCAGUCUAUCCAGGAACUCUUUGAGAAAGAGAACAUCACAGAACCGCCAAGAGGCUGCGUAGGCAAUACCAACAUCUGGAAGACUGGGCCACUCUUUAAAAGGGUAUUGAUGUCAUCGAAGUACCCAGAGGGCCUAACAGGACGUGUUGAGUUCAAUGAUGAUGGAGAUAGAAAAUAUGCACAUUACAGCAUUCUGAACUACCAAAAGAGCAGACUGAUACAAGUUGGCAUCUACAAUGGAACACAGGUGGUGAUGAAUAAACAGAGGAAGAUAAUUUGGCCCGGAGGUGAAACGGAGAGGCCGAGAGGAUUCCAGAUGUCAACCAGAUUAAAGAUAGUGACCAUUCAUCAGGAACCGUUUGUGUAUGUGAAGCCAACUACGCUGGAUGGGACCUGCAAAGAAGAGUACACACCUAAUGGAGUCUUGAUUAAAAAGGUGAUCUGCACUGGACCAAAUGAGACCAUCCCAGGUAACCCAUCAGGACGCCCAAUAGUUCCCCAAUGUUGUUAUGGAUUUUGCGUUGACCUCCUGAUCAAGCUGGCGAUGACCAUGAACUUCACCUAUGAAGUGCACCUAGUGGCAGAUGGAAAAUUCGGAACACAGGAAAGAGUGAAUAACAGUAACAAGAAGGAAUGGAAUGGCAUGAUGGGUGAGCUCCUGGGUGGUCUUGCAGAUAUGAUUGUUGCUCCAUUGACGAUUAACAAUGAACGAGCCCAGUACAUAGAAUUCUCCAAGCCUUUCAAAUACCAAGGACUCACUAUCCUCGUGAAAAAGGAAAUUCCUCGUAGUACGCUGGACUCGUUCAUGCAGCCAUUCCAAAGCACACUGUGGCUACUGGUGGGUCUCUCAGUGCAUGUGGUGGCGGUGAUGCUUUACCUACUAGACCGGUUCAGCCCAUUUGGAAGGUUUAAAGUAAACAGCGAAGAAGAAGAAGAGGAUGCCCUCACAUUAUCUUCAGCUAUGUGGUUUUCCUGGGGAGUCUUGUUGAACUCUGGAAUUGGAGAAGGUGCCCCCCGUAGUUUUUCAGCAAGAAUUCUGGGAAUGGUGUGGGCUGGCUUCGCUAUGAUCAUAGUAGCCUCUUAUACUGCCAACCUGGCUGCCUUUCUGGUGUUGGACCGGCCUGAGGAGCGCAUCACCGGCAUCAAUGACCCAAGGCUGAGGAACCCAUCAGACAAGUUCAUCUAUGCCACAGUAAAGCAGAGUUCGGUGGAUAUUUACUUCCGCCGUCAGGUUGAACUGAGCACCAUGUACCGCCACAUGGAGAAGCAUAACUACGAGAGUGCCGCUGAAGCCAUCCAGGCUGUUCGGGACAACAAGCUGCAUGCUUUCAUCUGGGACUCUGCGGUGCUGGAGUUUGAAGCCUCGCAGAAGUGCGAUCUGGUGACCACGGGAGAGCUGUUUUUCCGUUCGGGCUUUGGCAUAGGCAUGCGCAAGGACAGCCCCUGGAAACAGAAUGUGUCCCUGGCUAUUCUCAGUUCCCAUGAGAAUGGCUUCAUGGAGGACCUAGAUAAAACCUGGGUGAGAUACCAGGAAUGUGACUCAAGAAGCAAUGCCCCAGCCACACUCACUUUUGAGAAUAUGGCAGGUGUCUUCAUGCUAGUCGCUGGUGGCAUUGCAGCAGGGAUCUUCCUAAUCUUCAUUGAGAUUGCGUACAAGCGCCAUAAAGACGCCCGCAGGAAGCAGAUGCAGCUAGCCUUUGCGGCCGUAAAUGUUUGGAGGAAGAACCUACAGCCCUCUUCCUCUGUAGAGACUCAGGAUGAUAGGAAAAGUGGUAGCGCAGACAGCGACGCAAAAAUGAAACCCUCUUUUAGGUCCAUCAGUACAACCCUGGCGUCCAGCAUCAAGAGACGUAGGUCCUCCAAAGACACGCAAUUCCCACCCACAGACAUUACGGGCCAACUCAACUUGUCCGACCCGUCUGUCAGCACAGUGGUGUGAGGCACUGAGAGGGAGAGUUUAGAGAGAGAUAAAGACAUGUUCGUUCUUUAAAAACAAACAAAAUGGACCUUGAAGGGAAAGACUUGUAGUCCCACUCCUCUAGGUUUGCACAAUGGAUCCAUCAUGGACGAAACCUACUGAGCCAAUUCACCUUUAUGGGGAGCCAACAAACCUCUUCAUCUACUACAGAACUGUCAGCAAGGCCAUCUGCAGGGGAUGGCAUGCCACUGUAAUGCACUGGAGUGCUGCAAACACACAAACCACUUCACAGCUUGAUGCUAUACAUUAUACAGUUCUGUAUAAAUGUGUUCAGUUUAUGUAGAAACACUUCUUAAUAGUUUUAUGAUUAUUCUUAAGUAUUGUACAGUAAAAUUGUAUUACAAUUAGUUGUAUUACAAUUAAAAAAACAUCACUCUUCAUUUAUAGAGGCCAAUUCUAAGGCCAGUAUAACAGACUAACUAGUUAGUUAGUUUACAUAUGACUUUAAAACAUAUUUAUCUACUUUAAAAACAUGUUUACUUACUUUGUUUAUUGCUUUUGAUUAUUUGUCUGUCUAAUCUAUAAAGGGAUAUGUCAGCCAAUGAAGCAAAUUAGCUUUACUGAUUAAAGUAUAAUUUCCUUUGCCCUUAAGAGGGACUGUUUUAGCCAGUCAGCCCUAUGCAUGUAAUAUGCAUGUAAAUGUAUCCCUCAAGGCUUAUGGAAAACAAUAUAUAGACACAUCUAGAAACCAUUCCGCCUCUACCCAACACAGAGAAUAGAUUCAGCAUGAUUAAUGUUUAAAAUAACAUAUUUUAGGGCUUAUAAGUGAAUUAUUGUAAUUUGCACACUACUUUAUUAAAAACUCUCCUUCCAACUAUCCUAAAUGUGAAAUAUUAGAACUUUUUUUUUAAGUCCUUAUGCGGUUUUUCUCAUCUUCAGUCUAAAGGGUGCAUCAAGGGGCCUGGUUUUUACAUUUAACUAGCAUUUGGCCUCUCAUGCAAAACAUCUCUUUGUGUCAUCCUCACAGAUGACCUUAGAGACCUUUUGCAUGAGAAACACCCAAGUGUGGUCCUACUUUUGAUUCUGGUGCUACAGUUUUGUACACACCUUUUGGAUAGAUGUGAAAUCUGGCCGUUUCCCAAGAUCUGGGGUUGAGAAACAUCAACAAAGCUGCACUCUUAAGAAAUGUUUACAGUAAAUGUUCACUCACUGCUAUUUAUAUGACCCAUGUAAGAGAUAUCACUUAACUAGCACUUUAAUGUGAAUUCUGUCGAAAGCUAUAUGUAUAUAGAAAUUAUGCAAUAUGCCAAAUGUUGAUUGUAAUAUUCAUAAGUGAUAUGAAAAUGUACAUUUAAGAAUGUGAAAUAUGUAAAAUUCUCAGCUGUUUGAUUUUAUCGAAAUACUCAUUGUAAAACUGAGACUUCGAUUUCUUUCAGAAAUAUCAGUUCAAACAUGUCAAAAUCCUCUAGUGCAUACAUUCUCUGUAGUCUAGCAUAUAAUUACCUAUGAGCUUUAGGUUUUACUUUUCAUAACUGACAGGUGUAUAUACAGUAUGUUUUUCUCAUUGCUUUGGUUGAGGCACAAUGUAUUAUACCUGAUUUCAUUGCCUGUGUAUGUUGAAUUCAGUGUAUACUACUUGGACUACUAGAUUGUCAUAUGAUUUUUUAGAAAAUGUUGAUAAAAGGGAGUAUUUUUAUGAGAAACUGUCACACUGUAAAUUACACAAACGCAGUUAUACAAAUUUCAUCACAUAUCUCCAUGCAGAAACAUACAUUUGUUGAGAAUGAGUCCUAUUUAAAUGAGUGCUGCAUCUAUGUUUGAGUUUAUUUUAGAUAUUUCCAUUAAUGAACACGUUUGCAUUUUGACAAAUAUAUACAGUAUAUACCUAACAUAUCUGCAUGCCAAUAAAAUUGUCAUGUCAGCAGCAGACCACAACAAAUUGAUUGUGUUCUCUAUUUUUGAUCAAAUCAAUAAAUAGACCUCAGA